AUGAAUAGAAGUGUUCCGCUUGAGACCGUGCCUUCUUCUGCAUCUUUGUCUUCGCCUUUCCCUGGCGAUUUUACAGCAGCUGGCGACGUUGGGUCUACUGAUUGGUCAACAAGUUACCAUGGACUCUCUACCCAAGCCUUCUCAAAGGAUAUCGCUAAUAUUCUGUUGGCUCCUGUGGAUGACAUGGAUAUAGAGAUGAAGCCAGAUGGCUUGAUUUACCUUCCAGAAAUCAAGUAUCGUCGCGUCCUCAACAAGGCAUUUGGACCAGGCGGAUGGGGACUCGCCCCUCGCAGUGAGACAAACGUCGGGCCUAAAGUUGUCAGCAGGGAGUAUGCGCUUGUCUGCCAGGGCCGCUUGGUAGCAGUUGCCCGCGGUGAACAAGAAUACUUUGAUCCAUCCAAUAUUCCUACGGCAACUGAAGGCUGCAAGAGUAAUGCUCUUAUGCGAUGCUGCAAAGAUCUUGGAAUAGCGAGCGAGCUUUGGGAUCCGCGUUUUAUUCGUGAGUUCAAGGCUAAGUAUUGCGUUGAAGUGUUUGCAGAGCACGUCCCCACGAAAAAGAAGAAGAAAUUGUGGAGACGUAAGGACCAGCCGAAAUUUGAUUACCCCUGGAAAGAGUAG